ACGCGGUAAACAAACACGUCUACUACUGUACCGUAAAUGACAUUGCUUUAGCUUAUGCACUGCGCGUGCGUACACUUCCGCCUACGCUAGCGAGACCAUAAUGACCUUUUUACUGUAAACCAAAGAUUUAUGUCAAGUGAAAACAUACAUUUGCUGAGUUUAGAUUGCUAGUACCUCCUCUAUUAUAAGUAUUUCCUCUAUCCAAGCUAUUACAAAGUAAAUGUGUUCCAUUGGUUCCUCCGGAGGCGAUGUAGGACGAUACGGAAGUUGCAGGCAUUGAACUAUCUCACUUCAUCUCCACUCUCGAGCAGGCUAAUUCAUUUUUAUUCUUAGAGCAUUGCCUUUGAAGGAGGCGCUAUUGUGGUGGAGGGGAGAUACCAUGACAGUCGCUAUUGUUGUUACAACAACAAGUGUUUCCUGGAACAUGACGUGAAUUGUCAACUAUUUCAGGUAGACCGUUAUCGGUGCGCAUUGGGACAGACACAAGUGAGUGUUAAUGAGAUAGCCGGAUAACGCUGCGACUCAACAUAAUAACACCCGCCCGGAUGGAGUAUCCCUACGCGAAGACAACCAAAACAUAGUCCCAUGAGAGUGUCUCUGAGACACUUGGGAACAACAACAGCGAGAUGGCCAGCUGUCCAACCCCGUGGUUGCCACGGGUGACGGUUCGCCAUGACUACCUUGGUCUGAGGUCCUACCAGGUCUCCCCUCUGACGUUGGUUGGCGACGUGAAGCUGUUACUCUAUGAAGAGACAAACUUGCCCGUCGGAGAGCAGCGGCUUGCUCACAAUGGCAAAGCGCUGGAUGACAGCAUGCAGGUUGGGGCCUUGGUGCCUACAGGAAGCCCUGAGGUAUUUGUCACACUGGAGGGACGAGGCCUCAAAGGUGGAGGGAGGUUUGGUCAGACGACGCCACCACUGGUUGAGUUUCUGAAGGAUAUCCUAAGAAGGUACCCAGAAGGUGGACAGAUUCUGAAAGAGCUGAUUCAAAACGCAGAGGAUGCUGGAGCUACAGAAGUGAAGUUCAUGUACGAUGAGACAGAGCAUGGAGUGGAGUCACUGUGGUCGCCUGACAUGGCUCAGCAUCAAGGUGCAGCGCUGUAUGUCUACAAUGAUGCUGUGUUCACUGCGGAGGACUGGAACGGGAUACAGGAGAUAGCCAGAAGCAGGAAGAGGGAUGAUCCCCUGAAAGUUGGACGAUUUGGGAUUGGCUUCAACUCUGUGUAUCAUAUUUCAGACGUUCCCAGCAUAUUCAGUGGAGACCAGAUCGCCAUCCUGGACCCUCACCAGACGCUGUUUGGAGUCAACGAGUCAGGACAGUGUUGGAACUUACAGACAGACAUCAAGGAGAUCACAGAACUGUCUGACCAGUUCGCACCCUAUACCGGAAUGUUUGGGAGCUCUGCGCAAACCAUAAAGGAUGGCAGCUUUCUUGGAACGCUAUUCCGCUUCCCGCUCCGCACCAAACCCUCCCAGCUGAGUGGCAACCUUUACAACAAAGAAAAGGUUUUGGAACUUUUUGAGUCGUUCAAAGCCGACGCAGACACAGUGUUACUCUUCCUGAAGAGCAUUCAGAGGAUCUCUCUGCAUGUGCGUGAGUCGGACGGUACAGAGCGUAUGUUGUUUCAGGUUACAGCGAGCGAAAACACUGAUCAGCUUGAAAGAACAAACUCGCUGAAGACCCUGGGUCAGGCAGUUGACAACUACAGCAACCGUGUUCCGAGCGCCAGCAUCACUUGUGUCACUUAUCAGCUUAACAUUGAGACUCGAGAUGAAACCAAGAAAGAGACUCAGAGGGUGAAGUGGCUCGUGUGUAAUGGAGUUGGUGGCAGAGGAAUGUGUGCUGAGUUGGACUCUCUUGCAGAUGACUUAAAGUUCAUGCCUUCAAUAGGUAUAGCUCUGCCUCUAUUUCUGUUGGACAAAGAAGACGAGGAGGCCACCUCUGAUUUCUCAGGACGAGCCUUUUGCUUUCUUCCUCUUCCCCCCGGUGAGGAGAGCGAGACGGGGCUUUCAGUACACGUCAGUGGCUUCUUUGGACUCACAGAUAACCGCAGGAGUAUCAAGUGGCGGGAUGUGGACCAGUGGAGGGAUCCAGCUGCCUUGUGGAAUGAGCUACUUAUAGUCACCAUCAUCCCCAGGGCUUACUUCAUUCUCAUCACAGAGGUUAUCAAAAGGGCACAGACGAAAAAGGACCAAGACUUUCCAUUAUCUCCAAGAAGGACCUAUGCAGCUUGGCCAGACCCAAACCGGGUCAAAUCCAGGUGGAAACCCAUCCUACAGCCUCUGUUUCAUGACUUGCUUAAGCGUGACGUCAUCUAUUCCCUCAGUGAAAGCUGGGUCAGCGUGGACCAGGCAGUGUUCUCAGAGCUCAGCACGGACAAAGACAUUUCAGAGACCGUCAUUAUCUACCUCCAAAGCUCAGGGAUGCAGGUAGCACAGGUGCCUGCCGCCGUGGAUGCAGUACUGGUAUCUCACGCAACUGCUGAGUCCACAGAAGUCAGGAAAGUUACUCCGCCUUUGUUGCGGCACGUUGUCAGGAAGUCCAAACAUAAAGGGCCCUCAGAGGAGAAGCUGCUGCUAUUGGAGUUUGCGCUUAGUGACGCCAAUUACAGCGACCUGAUAGGACUGGAGCUACUACCACUGCAAGAUGGAACAUUUACCACUUUUUCAUCCCCUGUCACCGAUAAGGAUUCGGUUUACAUUACAUCCGACGAGUAUCCCAGAUCCCUGUACCCAGGACUUGAGGGUCGGUUCAUACUGGAAAGUAUUAAACCUUCAGUAAUGGAUCGACUGAAGGAUGCAGCCAAAAGCAGAGUUCAGCGGUAUCUUUGGGGGUGCUCAGGAAGACCCUGUACUCAGCUACAAAUGUUGAACCCCGAUCGCUCAGCCCGUCUCAUCAAGGAGAUCCUAUCAACAGCUUGGCCAAACAGAGACCUCAUUACCCAAUGGGAACCUGGAAACUGUGAGCUGAAGCAUCCAACAAUUUCUUGGCUCAAGAUGAUUUGGAAGCAUCUUUAUAUACAUUUUGCCGAUGACCUAAGUACCUUUGACGACAUGCCUUUGAUUCCAUUUGUGCCACUGGAGGAGAGCAUGGAAAUAGUUCCGCUUCUACGCCUCAAAUCUCCAUCCCCCAUCGUUAUUGUAAAUGAAGAAGAAACACCGCUCUCUGAAGGCCUUCUUGAAGUUAUGGAAAAGCUUGGUGCAGUGGUGAUGAAAAAGCAGGAUUCAUGCUUGCAACAUCCUCAGCUCAAAAAUUACAUCCGUCCCUGCACUCCUGGAAUGUUGCUGCAAAUUAUGGAUAGAAUGUCAACACAGCGUUUAGCCAGCCAAGUCUCAUCUUUUUCUGUCAAAGAGAGGAUUACACUCCGAAACUUCCUAUCAGGAUUGUCUGACGUUACAGAGAAGGAAAAGCAUACCCUGCUUGAGCUAUCCAUCUUUGAGAAAAUUGGGACCUGUAGCGAAGGCACAGCAGUGUUUACAUCACUCAGAGGGGCUAGAGCUUUGCAUCACAGAGCCAAGUACCCACCAGAGGUAAAAAUAUCUCUGUGCCUGGUGGGCUCCCGUGAUGAGGAAUCCAUUCGCCUCAUCAAGAAACUAAAAGUUGAACAAGUGAAAACAACUGAGUGUCUGAGAAUGAUCAUCCAGGACAUCGAGAGUGGAUUCUACACAACAGAGGAGAUAACCAAAAUCAUGCUUUGGGCCCUUCAACAUUUGGCAUUCCUGAAGAAUGAAAAUACUUGCGUUAUCGGAUGGCUUUCAGCCCUUAAAUUUAUCCAAAUGCCUUGGGGGAAGUUGCUGAAAGCGUCAGAACUUUUUGAUCCAGAUCUAGAGAUCCUACAGAAUUUGUUCUAUCGGGAAGAGGAAACCAGGUUUCCUACAAGUACAUUUACCUCAUCCCCUGAUAUUCUCCAUUCAUUGAGACAGCUGGGAUUAAGAAAUGAAGUACAACUCAGCGAGAAAGAUGUUCUUCGAGUAGCAAAGAAAAUCGAGGAUUUACAAAGCAACCCAGAGCCCGAGUGGGCAUUCAUAAUAAAAAAGUCAAAAACACUUCUGCAGAUCCUCAAUAAACAAACCAAGCUUGUGAAAUCAACAGAUGCUCAGACAUCUUUACGGAAACUCAAAUGGGUACCUGUCUGCAAAGAAAGGCCUCCUAGCUAUCCUAAAUCCCUUGCAUGGAUUGGCGAUACUCUUAAUAUCUGCUCUCUGUCGCAGAUGUGCGACAUAUCUCAUGCGGUUCUGGUGGGAUCUUCAGUAGCCCUGGUUGAACACACAUCUGCUGGUAUGAAGAAAGCACUGAAAAUAACUGUGGAGCCACAAGUGGAUCAGGUCUUGCAGCACCUGAAAGCUGUGAAUGACUGGCACAAAUCUCAAGCCUUCACCACAGAGGAUUGGUAUCAGUUCCAGCAGAUCCUAUUUGAAAUAUAUGGCUUCAUGCAAGCUCAUCUCGAGGAUGCCAGAGAAGCAAUGGCAUCACUGCCUUUUGAUUGGGUGUGGACAGGGAAAACGUUUUCGUCUCCUGGCCAAACUGUGAUAAAACCCCUUCCCAAUUUAGACCUGCAGCCUUAUCUGUACUCCCUUCCCAAAACAAUGAGGAAGUUUCACAAGCUUUUCAAGUUCUGCGGCUCACUUGAAGAAGUUUGCUCAAGCCAUGUGCUCAACGUCAUCAGUACCAUCCAGCAAAGAAGUCAAGGGGAGAUCACCAAGGAGGAAAGCAAACAUAACGUCUUGCUUUUGAUCAACAUCCUGAGGUGGCUUUACAACAAUCAGAUACAAGUUGAGACCAACAUGCAUGUGCCUAUUCUUUGUUACAAGGAUCCAAGCAAAUUAGCAAUGAGGCCCAUUCAUGAAUGCACUUACUGUGACAUCAAAGUGGACGAUUUGAAUGACUUACUUGAUGAUGCAUCAGAGCCAAUCAUAUUAAUCCACGACGACAUCCCCAUGAAAACGGCAGAGUGGCUUAAAGUGCCAUGUUUGAGCACAAGGCUGAUCAACCCAGAGAAUCUUGGCUUUGAACAGUCAGGCCAACGUGAACCCCUGACUGUUCGAAUAAAGAACAUCUUGGAGGAAUACCCGUCCGUAGCAGACAUUUUUAAAGAGCUUCUGCAGAAUGCAGAUGAUGCAAGUGCAACAGAGUGUAGUUUCCUGAUUGAUAUGAGGAAAAACACUGACACCCGAGAGAAUCUCCUCGACCCUGGCAUGAUAGUGUGCCACGGGCCUUCUUUAUGGUCUUUCAACAACUCACUAUUCACAGACAAAGACUUUUUGAACAUCACUAGGUUAGGUGGAUCAGUGAAGAGAUGUGAGGCAGACAAAGUUGGCAAGUUUGGAUUGGGCUUUAACUCAGUUUAUCACAUCACAGACAUCCCCAUUAUAUUGAGCAGAGAGUUCAUGAUCAUGUUUGAUCCAAAUAUCAAUCACAUCAGCAAGCACAUCAGAGACAGAUCUAAUCCAGGGAUCAAAAUCAACUGGAGCAAACAGCAGAGGCGCUUAAGAAAAUUCCCAAACCAGUUCAAACCGUUCAUUAGCGUCUUCAAUUGUCAGCUUCCUCUUGCCCAGGAUUUACCAUACAAAUACAAUGGAACAUUGUUCAGGCUGCCCUUCCGAACUGAGCAGGAGGCCUCAGUAAGUGAAAUUAGUAGCUUGUACUACAACACCACGGAUAUCUACUCCCUUGUUGAUGAGUUCAGCAUAUGUGGUCAUCGGUUCAUUCUCUUCACUCAGCAUGUAGGAAGUAUGGUACUAAAACACCUAAAAUUCGAAGAACCAAAUCCUGCUGGAGCUCAAGAUGUUGUCACCAUUAACAAAAGUGUGUGGUCAUCCAAGGCCUCUUAUGGACCCUUGAGUAUCCUAAAAUCUGCAGCCAAGGUCAUGAAGAAGGUAGCAAGCACCAACAAGGUGCCCUCUGAUAUUCCCAAAUCUGGCUGCAUUAUUCGUGUUACAGUGGAGGAGUUCCAUAAUGUCUUCAAGCGCAUUGUUGAUCUUCACUCCCCAUUGUUCAGAGGUACUGAGGAAGAUCCAAACCAGUACUUUGAAAUGGCCGCAAAAGGGGUUCAGACAAGAAGGUUAACAGAUGAAAUGCCCCAGAAGGCAGUGGAGGUCACCAACUGGCUCAUAUGCUCGUGCAUGGAUGGAACUGAAGCACUCAAAUUUUCCCUCAACGACACGGGAAAAAGGCUUGGACUUGUACCAUGCGGUGGAGUGGCUGUUCUUCUUACAGAAGAGGAAAACCGGAAAUGGACAGUUAAGUCAAACGCCACUUCGAUUGGAGAGGUGUUCUGCUACCUACCUCUCAGAAUAAAAACAGGCCUACCAGUCCACAUAAACGGCUGCUUUGCUGUGACUUCCAACCGCAAAGAGAUCUGGAAGACUGACACCAAAGGGAGAUGGAAUUCUGUGUUCAUGAGACACGUUAUUGUUCAGGCUUAUCUCGCAGCACUGACAAUGCUUCGUCUCAUGGCUGAAUGUGGAGAACUCCUUGACUACAACUAUUAUGCGGCAUGGCCUGAUCCAAGUCAAGUGCAUGAUGACUUCACAUUAGUCAGUCAAGGGGUCUACCAAGAAAUAGCCAAAGGAGGUGAUGGGGAGCAGGCAAAGUUUUUCUCUGAUGGCGAAACCUGGGUAUCAAUCAAAUAUGUCCGAUUUCUCGAUGAUGCCUUACUGUGUAAGCCAGUCAUUGGUCCCGCUUCUUUCCAGAUUUUUUUGAGAUAUCUGAAAAAGAGUGGCUCACAAAACCUUUGUGCUGUUGAACUUCCUGACUGGGUGAAGGAGGGAUUUGAAGAUGCUGGGUGUAAGAUAACUUUGAUGGAAAACACCCUGACAGAGAGGCAGUUCUUUGCAGAUGUCUUUUUCCCUCAUAUUGAGGAAAUUGACAAAGAGCUUCGAGAUCCCUUAAUGCAGUAUGUCUUGAAUGAUAAAAUGGAACAAUUUGCAUCCAUUCUCAGAGUAAGUCCUUGCAUCCCUUGCUCUGGUCCCAAUGAAGAACUGGUUUUACCCUCCAGACUGAUUCACCCGGAAGGCAGAGUUGCCAAACUGUUCAACAGUGAGGAUGGAAGAUUUCCUGAGGGAAGCACUAAAGACUACCUAAAUCCUGUGUGCUUAGUCAAGCUUGUGCAGUUGGGCAUGGUGAAGGAUGAUCUGUCAUGGGAAGAUCUUAUUGAACGCACUGAAUCAGUUGCUGCUUUGAAUGAAAGUGAUCACACAGCCGCAUGCUUUCGCAGCAGUGUAUUGCUCAGCCUUAUUGAUGAGAAACUGAAAAUGAGAGACCUAGGAGCACCUGAGCUAAGAGAGAAACUACAGGACAUCAAAUUCCUCCCGUUUCUAACAAGACCUGCAGGAUUUUCACUGCCAUGGCAUGGGAAUAACUUCCCCCCAACGACAAUGCUCUCUGCAAGAGAGCUCUUCACAACCGAACAUCAGGACAUUGUGUGUCUGAUGAAGACCUUGCUGAAUGAGAACUCCCCGUCUUUUAAAGGUUGUGGUCCAAUGUCAUUGGCUGUGAAAGAUUGUCUCGGUCUGAUAAAGAAGCCCUCAGUUGAGCUCGUGAUCAGUCAACUCAAGAAGCUAUCUCAGUCAUUCGAUGGUGUAACACUGUAUCAAGAAAACAUAACAAAUGCCUGUUACAAGCACCUACAUGAGGAGAUGCUUCAGAGCAAAAAUGCAAAAGAGCAAACCACUGUGGAAUUGAAAACAUUUAACUCCAUUUUGGUAGAGAACACAUAUGUGAAUCCUUCCAAAGUUGCAUUCCACCUGAAUUUUGAUGCUGCUCCACACCUUUAUCAGCUCCCUAACAAAUACAGAAACAGCUGUCGGGAGCUCUUUGAGAAUGUUGGAGUUCAGCCCAGUUUCACAGUCGAUGACUUCUCAGCAGUUCUUGAAGUUAUGAAGCAAGAAUGUGGGCGAAGGGCUCUCACAGAAGAGAACUUUCAGCUGUGCCGCAGAAUUAUAAGUGAAGGGAUAUGGAGUUUGAUACGAGAUAAAACGCAAGAAUUCUGUCAAGCAAAUUAUGGUGCCAUUCUUCUACCAGACUCCAAUCUGACACUGCAGCCAUCAAAGUCUCUGUGCUACAACGACUGUCCUUGGAUCAAAGUCAGGGACAGCUCUGUCAAGUACUGCCACGGGGAUAUUCCAAGAGAGGUUGCUGUGAAACUAGGAGCGAUCCCUAAACGUCACAAAGCCUUGGAGAGGUACGCAUCAAAUGUGUGUUUCACUGCACCUGGAAGUGAGUUUGGCCAAAAGGAAAAGCUUACAAGUAGAAUCAAAAGCAUUCUGGACGCAUAUCCGUCUGAGAAAGAGAUGCUGAAAGAGUUGCUUCAAAAUGCAGAUGAUGCCAAAGCUACUGAAAUCUUCUUUGUCUUUGACCCCAGAACACACCCCACUGACAGAAUCUUUGAUGAUAAGUGGAUUCCAAUGCAGGGCCCUGCACUUUGCGUGUAUAACAACCAGCCUUUCACUGAGGAUGAUAUCAGAGGUAUUCAAAACCUUGGAAGAGGAACAAAAGAGGCAAAUCCAGGAAAGACGGGUCAGUAUGGCAUUGGAUUCAACUCUGUCUACCACAUCACCGACUGCCCCUCGUUCAUAUCAAACAAUGAUAUUUUGUGCAUCUUUGAUCCGCACGCACAAUAUGCACCAGGGGCAACAUCUAUGAGUCCCGGAAGGAUGUUCAGAGAUUUGGACUCUGACUUCCGAUCUCAGUUUUCAGAUGUUCUUAAUCUGUAUUUGGGAGCUCAUUUCAAAUUGGAACGCAGUACAAUGUUCAGAUUCCCCAUCCGUUCUACAGAUAUGGCAAAGACGUCAGAAAUCAGCUCCAUCCCAGCUUCGGACAGAAUGGUGCAAAACCUCCUGGAAAAGCUAAAAAAUGACGGCGCAGAGCUGCUCAUGUUCCUGAACCACAUGGAGAAAAUAUCCAUUUGUGAAGUAAACAAUGCAACAGGAGAACUAAAAGUGCUUUACUCCGUAACAGCUAAAAUAACAGAUUCUGAUCGCUUAAAACGCAAACAGUUUCAUGCCUCCGUCGUUGAUAGUGUGACCAAAAAGAAGCAUCUCGCAGCUAUUCCAGUUCAACAGAUCACCUACACUUUAGACAUAGAGGACACAGAAGGCAACUUGACCACAUGGAUGAUCUGCAAUCGUUCCGGCUUCCCAAACAUGGAACUUGUCUCCAAAAGUGUCAUCUCAGCGCACAAGAACGAGGACAUUACACUAUUUCCACGUGGAGGGGUGGCAGCAUGUGUUAGCCACAACUACAGAAAACCCCACAGAGCUUUUUGCUUUCUGCCACUGUCACUCGAAACCGGCCUCCCUUUUCACGUCAACGGGCAUUUCGCCCUAGACUCUGCCCGAAGAAACCUGUGGAGAGAUGAUAACGGAGUUGGUGUGAGGAGUGACUGGAACAAUAAUUUGAUGAUGUCGCUGAUAGCACCUGCUUGUGUGGAGCUGCUCACUCAGAUAAAGAGGCGCUGCUUCCCAGGUCCUGAUCCAACCGUGACAGUACUGCAAGGAACUCCUCUUCAUACCGCAAAGGACAUCUUGAAGAAGUUUUUGUUUUUCUUCCCAGUGAACAGGAUUGAUAUCCAGCCAGAUUGGUACUGCCUGGUCAAAGCAGUGUACAGCUGUAUCCAUACUGACCUGAAGCGCCUUCUGCCUGUAGUCAGAGCACCACAGAUGGACAACUCUGACAUGCACUCAGUCAUUUACAUCUCAUGGGCUAAUACAUCCGCUGCUAUCAAGGGCAGAGCAUUUUUUGACAAUCUGCUACAAGAUGAACUCCAGAAUCUGAAAAACACAGAGUACAAUAUCACGUCCAGAAAGUCUGUGGCUGAGAAUGUUUACAGGCUGAAGACCUUGCUUCUGGAUAUAGGUUUCAACCUGGUUCACAGUUGCGAUGAGACUGCCAAUCUCUACUUAUGUUUGGAGGAUGCAGGGAUACCAGUGAGUUAUGUAACACCGGCGGAGGUCCGCAACUUUCUUCACACUUUCUCAUCACCGGACACAUCUUGCCAUGUUGGAAAGCUUCCUUGUCGUCUCCAACAAUCCAUCUACAAACAUCUUCAUAACCUGAAGCUUGUUGUUGACUACUGCUUCAAGGAUAUUAAGGAGGAUGAAGCCAUACUUGAAGGCUUGCCUGUGUUGCUAACAAUGGACAACAUCCUUCAGGUGUUUGACACCCAGAGACAAAAGUUUCUAACACCCCAUCAUGAGCUGAUCCCAUCCAGAAAAGAAAUGUUCAUGAAUACAAUGUAUCUCAAGUACAGCGGCAUCCUGUUUGAGGCAGAACUAGCAAAACUCUUUGACAUCAGCAGCUUUGGUGACCUACUAGGAUCCGUUCUUCCAAGAGAGUAUCGAACAAAGAGUCCUGUUAAGUGGAGAGACACGUUCGGAAGCGAAUCUUGGCUUAAGAAUGUGUGGAUCUUCAUCAGUGAAAAUGUCGCAUUCAAGGACGAUCAACUGGAUGUCAAACCAAGUUUUGACAAUGUGCUUGACAUCCUGAAAGAAUGGGCCUUGCUACCUGGCAUUAAAUUUAUGGUGAGAGAAAAGCUAGUUGUCCCUGAAUAUGACAUGCUUCUACCACUGAGUUUACUGAGCAUUGCCAUAUUUCCCCAUGGCCAAAAUGACAAAAUCUUCCACACCCUUAUGAAAGCAGGGUGCAUCCAACUUGCUGUGAACAAAAUCAGCGUAAAGGAAAACCCAAUCCUGCCUUUUCUGUCCCAUCAUACCGCAAACAUUGAAAAUCCAUCAAGUGUUCUGAAAGCUCUUGAGUACAUGAUACAGACGUCUGCAUUCAAGGCAACAAGCCUCACUGAUAAGGACUUUGAGGCUCUUUUGUUGUAUUUCACCUGCAACCUGGCCAGCCUCACACAGCAGCAUGCACACAGCCUUAAGCUCCUGCCAUGCUUUAAAUCUGUUAGUGGGAGAUACAUCAGCAUUUCAAGUUAUGGGUCCACUUACGUGCUUACGAAGAACAUCCCCACUGCUGACAUUGACAAAUGGACUCACACGGCCUCUUUUGCCGUUCUUUCUGACAGCCCACAGUUGAAAGAGCUGUACAUGUUCCUCGGCUGCGUGCCAAUUGAUGACAUUGAAAUCUAUCUUCAUCACUUACUGCCAAAGUUUGAAAGUCUUUCCUACCAUGCCAAAGCUGAGCAUAUUGUCUAUUUGAAGGAGAGACUGUUGUCAAUGGAAGAGUCAUGCGAGAUGAGGGAUCUUCUAUAUGAGAAAUUAGAAGGGCUGACGUUUAUCUAUGACUAUUCCAACAGACUAAGGCCAGCCAAGUUUUUCUAUGACGAAACAGUGAAGGUGUUUGAAGUCAUGCUGCCUACAAAGUCGUUCAUUCCAAGUGAUUUCUUCAGGAAGGUGGAGCAAGUGUCAAAACCCAAAAACGGAACAUUGUCGCUCUCCUCAUGGAUAGGCUUUCUGAGAAAAAUUGGCCUCAAGCACGAAGUGUCACAGCAGCAGAUUCUUCAGUUUGCAAAAGAGGUCAGCAUCAAGUCACAAACAGAAAGCUGGACCAAAGACAAAGUGCAGAACAUCAUUGAUGUCCUCUUAAAUCAUAUUUUCAACGACAGAAUGGACCUCUUUCAAGGCUCUUUUCUCAAAGAGCUCUCAAUGAUACCCUUUCUGUGCCCUGAAAGAGCCCCCAAAGAACUGCUCAAGCUUCAUUCACAGUAUCAAGAGAUGAGUGGAACACUUCCCUUGAUUCGUUUCUGUGGCUCUCAAGUAAACCCCAAAUUCAAGCAAACAGAUAUAAUUCACUUACUCUGGACAUCUUGCCCAAUCUUGCCUGAAAAAGCAACCCCUUCAAGCAUAAAGGAGCAGGAGGAAAGCACGCUCACUGGACAAGAACAGCUGGAUCAAGUGCUGAGCAUAUUAGGUGUGAACUUGGACCCACCGUUGGAAAAAGUCAUUAGUAACUGCAAGAAUGUCUGCAACAUAUCCAGUCCAGAUGAUGAAAUGGUCAAAACCAGGAACAAAGUCCUGAGGUCCACCUACGAGUUCCUAAAUGCGGAUAAAAGAGAUUUCCGCUAUCAGCUUCGCGGUGUUGCUUUUGUCAUGGUGGAGGAUGGAUGGAAGCUGCUGAAACCUGAAGAAGUCGUGAUUAAUUUGGACAAUGAAUCCGAUUUCAAACCGUACUUGUACAAGUUGCCACUGGACCUCGGUACCUUCCAUCAGUUGUUUAAACUUCUGGGGACAGAGGAUGUUGUGUCAACCAAGCAGUAUGUUGAGGUCCUGUGGCGAAUUUACAGAAGUUCCGAAGGCAAGCCGCUUGAUCCUAAUGAGAUGAGAACUGUAAAAAGGAUAGUGUCCGGAUUGUUCAAGUCUCUUCAUAAUGAUCCAGUGGAAAUGCGCAAAGAUCUGGAGAGUCUCCGAGAGUUGACCUUUUAUCUGCCAAGUCAUGACGGCCGAUUGGCCAAAUCCAACAGUUUGGUGUACGAUGACGCCCCACACUACAAGAGUAGAAUUCAGGGUAACGUUGGUGUUCAGAUGCUUGUAGACAUGAGCCAGUGCUACCUGGGCAAAGAUCAUGCUUUCCAUACCAAGCUGAUCAUGCUGCUUCCUCAGAAUCUAAGGCCAAGACUACUCAGCAGCAUCCUUGAAGAGCAGCUGGAUGAAGACGCUCCGAAAAUGUGCCAGUUCGGAGCGCUUUGUUCUCUCCAAGGCCGCCUCCAGCUGUUGCUGUCCUCCGAGCAGUUCAUCACAGGAUUGAUUCGAAUCAUGAAACACGAGAAUGACAAUGCAUUCCUUGUGAACGAGGAUAAAGCCAUACGCCUUUGCAAAGCCCUUUGUGAAGGACUGAAGGUAUCUUGCUUUGAGAAACUCCAGACAACCUUAAGAGUAAAAGGAUGUAGCCCCAUCCCACACAGUUGCAGUGAAACACUCGCCUUCCUUAAGAGGUAUGGAACAGCUGUCAUCCACCUUUACAUUCAGCAUUCGGACAGCAAAGACAUCAACUUCCUUUUAGCUCUGGCCAUGACGCUGAAGUCCGCUACAGACAAUUUGAUCUCUGACACGUCUUAUCUCAUUGCUAUGUUGGGCUGCAAUGACAUCUACAGAAUCACAGAGAAGCUGGACAACCUAGGCGUGAAGUACGACUCCACGGAACCUUCCAAACUUGAGCUACCCCUUCCUGGAACGCCAAUUCCUGCUGAGAUACACCACACGCUCCUCAUGGACCCAUUGAAUGUGUUCUACCCUGGAGAGUACGUGGGUUAUCUUGUCGACUCUGAAGGAGGGGAUAUCUAUGGGUCCUAUCAGCCCACAUACACAUAUGCAAUUGUUGUUCAAGAGGUGGAGCGAGAAGAGGAUGAAAAUGCGACUUUCUUGGGAAAAUGCUUCCAGAUUGACAUUGGUUACAGUGAAUACAAAAUAGUCAGCUCACUCGACUUGUACAAGUUCUCCAGACAAGACGAAAGCGCCAACGUGCGAGAGACCAGUGCACCGUCAACCCCUACAAGUCCAGACAGUCACUCUUCAGCCCAGCAGAUGAUGCCUCCUCUGUUUUCCAGCAGGGACAACCAGAGACCCCUCACACAAAAACAGUCUCCCAAAAAGAUCAAGCUCAACGCUUUGCCUGAGAUCUUAAAAGAAGUCACCUCAGUAGUGGAGCAGGCUUGGAAGCUUCCUGACACGGAGAGAAAGAAAAUACUGCGGCGGUUGUAUCUCAAGUGGCACCCGGACAAAAAUGCUGAGAAUCUGGACAUUGCGACUGAGGUCUUCAAGCAUUUGCAGAAUGAGAUCAAUAGAAUGGAAAAGCAGUCUUUGGCUGACCAGCAAAAUACAGACCGAGCUCCCAGGAGACCCUACUCUACGUCGUCCUCUCGUUUCCAGUCAGAGAAGUUCUCCUUUCAAAGGUUCUAUUCAUCAUGGAACCAGGAGGCGACCAGCCACAAGUCAGAGAGGCAACAGUUCAGGGAACCAAGCUACGCAGGUUCCUCACACACUCACCGCUUCUUUGUGCCCCCCUCUUUCAAGACAGUGGGAAACCCAGUGGAAGCCCGAAGAUGGCUGAGGCAAGCCCGAGCCAACUACUCGGCCGCUCGCAACGACCUUCACAAAAACGCCAACGAGUGGGUCUGCUUCAAAUGUUAUCUGGCUACAAAGCUCGCCCUCAUCGCUGCUGACUACGCCGUGAGAGGAAAGUCGGACAAGGAUGUGAAGCCCACGGCCCUGGCACAGAAGGUGGAGGAGUACAAUGUUCACUUGGCGGGACUUGCCAGUGACGUCCACAUCCUGGAGGGUUACGGCGUGGACAGUCUGAGAACACGCUAUCCUGAUCUUCUGCCAUUUCCACAGAUCCCCAAUGACAGAUUCACGUCUGAGGUGGCCAUGAGAGUUAUGGAAUGUACCGCCAGGAUUAUCAUCAAGCUUGAAAAUUUUGUUCAGCACAAAAUAUAACUUCUUACUCUGACACAUGUGUGCAAUAUCCAGGUAUCCAGCUGGCAGCUGAUGGUACAGUCCUCGGAAGAAAUUAGGACACCCCAUGAUGUUUGAUCUUUGACAUUUUUAAUGCCCCCUACAGGUGGUGGCCAAAAUGUUUUAUUAUACAUACUGUACAAGCAUACAUGUGUAACGGAUGCCAGCCUGUGAGGCUGUGCGAGUGUACGUUGGUAAACCUCACUCCAUCUGCCUCAAAAGCUGCGCGCUGAACACGCGGCCGACAGUCUGGGCUUUUAGUCGCGUGGUCAGCGCCCUCGCCUCCCAUUACGAAGAUCCUGUGUUCGAGCCCCGGUGCGGGCAGGUGCGAAACAGGGCGGGUUGCACAUGCAAAACAGAUAUCUUCAUAAUCACUACGGUAGAUGAAUGCUCAAUGACGUAUAGACAAUGAAUUCCUAAAAGGUUUUGCUUGAUGACGGACAUGUUUUUCAAUCAAUCUUGCUCAAAUUUGACACACAUGUGCUUGUCAGUCCCCUAAAGGUGUGUGCCAGAUUCUCUGGUGAUUUGACUAAACAGCCUAAAGUUACAGUGGGAGUUUUGUAGAGGCAUUGAGAUUUGUAAGAAAUUUCUAAUCAGUCUGACUUAUCAAACUCACCUCAAAUUCCAGUCGAUAAGCCACAUCCACUAAAUUUAGAGAAACAAAGACAUUUGUACAUAUAUGAGCCACAUUGUUGUAGAUGAUGCAUGAGUCCACGUCAUAAAAUUGCAUAUUGGGGCGUGCACGAGUCCAUGAGGACCAAGCAGCUCUUUAUUUAACAGGACCCAAUUAUGAGAUAUGACCAAACUCAACGAGCUUGUCAACCCAUUGGAAUUUGCAGGUCUGACUCAGUGUCAUCUGACAAAGAACACUAAACUGAUCACACAGCAACUUAACACUCCUGAGAAAUAUAUGAACAUAGGAGUCAAUAGCAAUAUGAGUUUAAAAGGGAAAAAAAACAACUCUUAAGGUUUUCCCAUAAUGCAUUGUGUCUAAGCAAUGCAUUCAUUGGAGGACAAGCAGCAUUGAAAAUGGAGCCCUGAGCCCAUGCAAUGCAUUAUGGGAAAACUUUAAAAGAGUUGUUUUUUUUUUUUCAUUUUAAACUUGUAUUGGCACAUGUUUGUAUAUUUCUCAGGUACACCUUUGGAUUGGUAAGUUGCAGUUUGAUGAGUUGAAUGUCAUUUUUAAGAUGACACAGUGAGUCAGGCUGUUAUAUUCUUACACUCUUGUAUAUAAUGACCUGCUGUGAUUUCCAUGCUCGUUGUGAGUGCACUGAUAGCUCGUGAUUGGCUGCUGCCAAAGAAACAGCUACCGUUUCCUCACUGACUCGUGAGUGGCACUAUUUACUACUAUUUACUAUUUACUACUACUAUUUAAACAAAUAGUAGUAGUUCUGAAGUAAAGGAGAUGUUAGAAUUUAGUCAUAAAUUAGCCGCACUGCUGUAUAAGCUGCAGGGUUCAAAGUUUAAGAAACAAGUUGCGGAUCACCUCCAGAAUUUGCAGUCGGUGUUUAUAACAGCGCCACCAUAUGGUGUAUUUGUCAGAAAAAAAAUUGAAGCGUUACACCAGGGGGUGUCCUGGUUUUUCUCCAACUGUACAUCAGCGCUUGCGACUGGUCAGUACGUGAAUGUGAAAACCAACCGUGUGCAUAUCCCGUACAUACUAGCAAUAUGUUUGUUUACCAAAGUCCCUCACCUUGACUUCUUUUUUUUUAAUGCUGCUUUUUACAUCUUUUUUAAUAAGACGUAUAUUUUCUUGCCACAAAAUAGAGGAAUGUCUGUAAAAGAAAAAGCGUGUCAUUGUCAAAUAUUGCCAUGCGUUGCCGCCUCUUUGCAAGUUUAGCUUUUUUAUUGUUAGAAGUUGUAGAUUUGAUGCAAUCUAGUGUUUUAUUGUUUAUGGAUGGAGCACCUUUUUUAUUGAUUUUUUUUCAUGACCAUCACGCUAUUGCACUUGAUUGUUUCAGUAUCGUCCAGCACUGUGAAAUGAAUGACUUGUGUUUCUUGUGUUUUUGGUUACAUUUGGUUCAUUUGAGUUGAAUAGCCUGGUGACUGUCAGUCAACAGCAAGAGAGCAGGCACUAGCUAGCAUUUGUUUACGUAGCAUCUUACUGAUUAAAGAGUAGCCCGUAGGAUCAAAUGAAACGUGCAUGUGUUUGUACUGGAAUCUAGUUUUUAGGUUUACUUUUUAUUUGAAUUCUUAUGAGGCUGCUUGCAACGCAAUGGCAGGAGUGGCGCCCGGGAGGUUCACGUGGCGGAGAUCAGAAGACGUUUGGACCCCCCUGUUGUAAAUGAUUACAUAUUAUCUCAUUUCAUUUUUAAUUGUCUUUAUCUUGUAUUUUUUAUUUGAGAAUUGUAUUUAUUGGAGAUUUACCUGCCAACAGU